AUGGAAAAGCAACCGCCCGAAAAAUUUGAUGAUCUCGUGAAAGAUGCGGGUACGUACAGCUCGGCCCGGGUCAGAUACGCUUUAAGGACCAGACUAAACAGGAUGCGAACCGACCGAGGCCGCUGUAGCCAUGUAACCUGCGAACAAGAGAUAACCCGGCGUGCGAUCGUGGAGCCCAACUACAGACAAUGUAUCGCGCUGUUAGCCAAGAGAGAAAGUUCAGUGGCACCUUUCAAGAGUUACAUGCGACACCAGACGAAGCUGUCUGAUGCGAUGGCCGAACAACCGGAACAUUGA